AGGGGGCGGGGACGAGCAAAGGUCCCGCCGGGCCGCCCUGGGCCCGCGAGCCCCCGCCCCCGCCCGGCAUCCUGACUGGGUCCGCACGGGGCGCACGACUGCGGGGGCUGAGCUGCGGGCGCCGGAGGUAAUCUGGAGUUCUCAAAAUGUUUGCCAAAGCAACAAGGAAUUUUCUUAGAGAAGUUGAUGAUGGAGGUAACCUGAUUGCAGUAUCAAACCUGAAUGACUCUGAUAAGUUACAACUUCUAAGUCUGGUGACCAAAAAAAACAGAUUCUGGUGCUGGCAAAGACCCAAAUACCAGUUUUUAUCCGUCAGCCUUGGAGAUGUGCUUACAGAAGACCAGUGUGUGAAUCCAGUGGUCGUGGAGUCGGACUUCGUGAAAUACGAGGGCAAGUUUGAAAACCACGUGAGUGGGGCCAUCGAGACGGCACUGGGCAAGGUCAAGCUGAAUGUCGGAGGCAAAGGCCUGGUGGAGAGCCAGUCCUCGUUCGGGAGCCUGAGGAAGCAGGAGGUGGACUUGCAGCAGCUCCUCGGACAGGCCGCUGGCAGGAGGAUCAAUCUGAAAAGCCCUCUGCUGCAGCAGGUGCUGGAGAGGCGGAACGAGGUCCUGUGCGUGCUGACGCAGAAGAUAGUGACCACGCAGAAGUGCGUGAUAUCUGAACGCGUGCAGAUUGAGGAGAAGUGCGGCGGCAUGGUGGGGAUCCAAACCAAGACGGUGCAGGUGCGCAUGUGCGGGCGGCAUGGCGGGGUCCAAACCAAGACGGUGCAGGUGUCAGCUACGGAGGACGGGACUGUCGCCAAGGACACCAACGUGGUGCUGGAGAUCCCGGCUCCCACCACCAUCGCCUACAGCGUGAUCGAGUUGUACGUGAAACUGGACGGCCAGUUCGAAUUCUGCCUCCUACAAGGGAAGUGCGGUGGCUUCGAGCACGAGAGGAGAAUCGACUCCAUCUUCCUGGACCCCCAGCCCUUCCGAGAGUUUGCGUUUGGAGACAUGCCAGAUGCUGGGCGGGAGUCGUCUGUGCCCGAUGGACCGCUGAGUGCUUUAAAACAAGCCACGGUGCCCCUGGAGAGGAACUUCCAGCCCUUUGCGCAGCUGCCGGAGCAGCAGCAGACGGCGCUGAGCCGUGUCCUGCAGGCGGUCCUGUUUGAUGAGGAGUUACUCCUGGUCCUGGAACAAGUGUGUGACGACGUGGUCAGUGGCCUGUCGCCCUCACAGGCGAUCCUGGGGGAGCUGAAGCCUCCCCAGAGGCAGAACCUCACAGCCUUCCUGCGGCUGGUGGGGUGCAGUGUGCAGGGCAGGCAUCCGGGCCCCGAGGGUGCGGUCAGCGACCGGAAGCUCUUCUCCACAGCCUACUUCCUGGUCAGUGCGCUGGCAGAAAUGCCAGAUAACGGAGCAGCUCUGCUGGGCACCUGCUGUGAACUCCGGAUCAUUCCUUCACUAUGUCACUUGCUCUCUGCACUGUCCGCUGGUGGAGAGUCUGACCUCGAAGACAUAGCCCUGGCUCCUCUGAGAGAGACGGAGAGGUUUGGGAUUGUGCGGCGCCUGCUGGCCACGGCCGACAUCAACCUGGAACGGCGACAGUCGGCCGUCAGGGCUGUCACCUGCAAAGUCCCCAACCUUUCCCCACUCGUUCUGUACGUGAGCCUGAACGGACUCCGCGCUUUAGGCCCAGCGCAUCAGUAACGUCACAGCCUUCUGUAAAUAGCCUGGGCUGUCUCCCGGUCCCAUUGCUACGGUCCCCUGGGACCUGCAGCCACUUGCUCUCCCUCAGCACCACCUAGUGCGCCCGCUGGGAAGCCUGUCCAGCGUGGGAGCAGCAGUGGUUAGAGAGAAACGUGCUACGUGACACAGGCUUUUCACCUCACCAUCCUCUACUGCUUCCUGCUCUGAAGAUGCUAAUGAAGCAAGUAACCCUUUCAUCACCUCUGAAAAAUGAGAAUAAUCCAUGUUCAAGUACUUGCAUAAAUAAACCUACGAUCCAUAAAAGAAAAGGACACAGCGGUGUACACUGUGGUGGCAACAACAUGAAAAACCAGCACCUCAUGCACAAACUGGAAAGGAACACGUCAACGUGAAAAUGGUGCUAAAGUGGUGGCACCGUCCGUGUCUUUUGUCUGGUUUUCUGAAAUAAAUAAAUAUACAGAACGAA